UUCGACAAAACAAACAUGUCAGCGAUAACAAUAAGCAGAGUACUUUUGCUUGAUUGUUUCUUUUAAAUAAUUUUACUGAGAAAAUAGCCGAAUAUAGGUAGACUUCACAAUCUUCACAAUGCCUUGGUUUUUUCCAUGGCCAGAUUAUAUAAAAAAGAAAGCGUGUAGGUACCUAUUACAGCAUUAUGUUGGGAGUUUUCUUGAGGAAAAGUUGACGCUUGAUCAACUCAGUGUAGAUUUGUAUAAUGGAACUGGUACAGUAACUGACGUUCGUCUUGAUGUUUGGGCGUUAAAUGAGCUACUGAACAAUGCGAAUGCCCCAGUAGAGAUUCGUGAUGGAGUGAUUGGAAGUAUAACAGUAUCAAUACCAUGGAAGGCACUGCUUACAGCAAACAGCAAGGUUGAGGUUAAAGGGAUGACUAUUACUCUUCAGCCAAAAUACAGGAGUGAAACGGAUGCAGCAUUUGGGAACUCUGUUAACUCUAUGUGGAGCAGCAUGAGUAUGACAAACAGUAUGCAACUUGCCCAGGAAUGCUUGAAACAGGAUCCCUCAGAAGGCGAGCAGCAGGCAGAGGACACUAAGCCUUUAGAGGGCCUAGAGAUGUUUGCCCAGACUAUUGAAUCAGUCUUAACAAGAGUGGAAGUGUCUCUUACUGACACUUGUAUUAGACUGGAACAUUUGCCAUUGAAAUCUUCAUCUGGAAUUGCAGCAGAAAUUAGAAUACAAAGAAUCAACUACUUUGAUGAUGUGGCUAAAGACAUGUCUGACCAAGGAAGUAGUGUCGACCCAGGGAUGCCAAAGAGAUUCGAACCAGCUGCUGUAGCAGUCAAGAACCUACAGAUGUUUGGUCUUACUGUGCAUUGUGAAGAAUUUUCAGAGGAAAGAAGAGAAUCGUCAGAGAGCACAAGUGAACCUCUUCAGUCACCACAGCCAUUUGAAUCUCUAGCUUACUCACCUCCAAUGCCGCCACAGCAUCAGCAGAUGGAGAGAGGAAUCUCAGCAAAACCGCCAACACAGGACAAGCCCAUGCUGGAAUCGGCAGUCAUUGGUAGUUGUACAGGGAAGCAGGAGCUGAAGAUUAAAAUAAAGCAGAAUGAAGCACUGAGUGGACCAAAGGCUGAAGUGGAGUGUUUCUUGGGAUCAAUGAAUUGGUUCUUCUCACCAAAGCAGAUCAACUUCUUGACAGAGCUUCUAAAUGGGUUCAGUACUCCUGCUUCCUCAUCUUCAAACACACAGAACAAGCCUAUGGCAUAUGAAGACUACAGGAGGGUAGAGACAGCCCUCCAAGAGCAGAUUACGCCUAGCUACGGUGAAAGGAUACGCAGAGAGCCAUGGGGGUUAGAUGAUGAUUCACAAAUGUUUAUGGGCCAAUCUCUAGUUUCAGAAUCGAGUGACAUGUUCUUGUCAAUGACGCAUAGUGCGAUGUCAAUAUCAACUCAAAGCUUAGAUAUGGAAUCCUCGUUCAGUAGCAAUGUUAGUGCGACCUCUACGGACACGUCUAAAACAGGUUGUAGCAGUUUAGCAAGGUUGGGGUAUGGUGGGCCAUACUUUAGACCCCACCUCGCUAAUCCUUACAGCUCCCACUCCACGUCUAAGGCAUCUUCAAAACGCAAGAAAAGGACAUCUGGAGAAUAUGGAAAUGAUUCGACUGCCGAGGUGACUCACUAUAAACUUCGCUUUGCUAGUAUGUCAGUCACAAUAUUACAUGAAGAUCCAGCAUCCACCCCUAUACACAUAAUGGAAGAGUCCACAAGCACUAAGCUUCAGGAGAUGUCCAAGAAUUUCUUUGAUGAGCUUCAGAUGGGCUACGGAAUGAAAGAUUCUGCUGAAUGGAAGAAGAACUUCGCUGCUGCAUGCCCUUAUGACCAUCUCAGACUGGUAGCAGCACCCUGUAACGUGGAGCUUGAAAGAAAGCAAAUUAACUCAGUGACGCACAACACUGCUGAGCUGUCCCUAGGUACACUGCAGCUACUUGAAUGUCUAUUCAACAACCACAAGACAGAUGUAUCCAUGAAGGGGGGUGGGGAUUUGCAGCCAGACCACACUGAGAUUCUUACAUUUGAUCAGCUGGAUUCUAACUUAAGUGGCAAGACUUACUCUGAAUUUACAGGAAAGUCAACAUCAGCUGUACGUAUUAAGAUUGAAUCUAAAGAUCGCACGGACAAUAGCAUUGGUCACCGUGCUAGUAAACAGAAAAUGAAAAUUGAGGUUGAGCUUGGCGAGUUGACCUGUGAACUCGAUGUGACCAUCGUAGAUCGUCUGUAUAGUCUGCUCCAUCCCCAAGCUUUUUCAGAUUUCCAACAGGGAGGUCACAUGACUUUUAAAUCCAUGUAUACAUCAACUAAUAUGAAACAAGCUUGCUUUAAACAAGCCAUGGACGAUGAUACAACAAACUCAGCAUACCACAUCGAUAUAAAUGCUACCUGUCCGCAGGCCACUGUCAAACUAAGAUUCCCCUGCCCAGACUUCCGCCCCCUGACUGAUAUUGAACGCAGCCCCUGGUGGAAGAAGUCUGUGCGGCAAGAAGUUUUGUUUGUAGAACUUGCAGAUGUUGAUUUAUCGACAACUCUAGACAGCGACAACCUCGAGAAGAAGUUCAUUUUACGAAGUCGUCAAGUGGAUGGUAAGUUUCAGAUGAAUCCAAGUGAAGCACCAGUAUCAUUCUUUAAGGCCAACAGUGCCAAGUCAGAUCGUAGCCAAAGUGAAAACAAGGAAUUUGAUUGGCCGAGUUUGGUUAUAAUGAUUCACCCUCCAAACCAAACAUCAGUGUUUGACCAGGAUCAGGAACCUUCUCUAGAUUCAACACCAAUGAAUUCAUUUGAGAGCGUUUAUGUUCAAAAGCCAGUGGAGCCAUCACCGUUUUCAUCAAGGAACGUCAUGUAUGAGAGCGAUCAGAUGGUGAUACCAGGAGAUGAUGACGAAAUUCGCGAUUUCAUUGAAAAGUCAAAUCAAGACUCGCAACUUAUUCUAGAAAUCAACUUACCAGUGGUCAACAUCCUGGUUCCUAAUAAUGAGUUCCUUAAUAAUAUUUAUAACAGAUUGUGUACGGAUCUGUUGCUAUGGCAACCAACUGCCCCUACUCCCACUGAAACCAGUGCAGAUGUUUUCCAGAGUGUAAUCGGAUUUGAUCUAGCAACUCCAUUGUCGUCUUAUCCAGAUACAACUCAGCCUUUUAGAAAUUGCAAAUCAUUCAAAAAUCAAGAUUGGGAGUCAGAUGAUGAGGAUGAUGAUGAUAUAUUUCAAACAAUGCAGGAGGCAUCAAUCCGGAGGAAGCAACGGCAACAGCAAGGACCAAGAAACUCCUCAAACUACUUAGCAUUAACGUUGAGUGUUGGCCAUGGAAGACUCACUAUACACACACCAAUCCAGAAUGAAGAUGAUGAAGAUAUAAAUGAUUGCCAUGGCGAAGUGAUGUUUGAAAUUGAGGAUGGAAACCUGUUUGUUGUGAAUGAAUACAAAGGUGAUAAGGAUCUGACGUACCUGUGUAUCCAAGGAAAGCGAUAUGUACUUUACCAUGCUGCUGAAGUUGAAAACUGCCUUCUAGAGGGUUCUCUCGAGCCACUUUCUUGUAUGGUUCCAAAAUAUCUUAAAAAGUGUCUUUAUCUGUCAGAUGACAGAGUAGCUAAUAAAUAUGAUGACAAUAAAAAUAGCAAUAUGCUCUCUGUAGCAGUCAAGAUGGCUGUAGAACCUGACAAGAAUGUUAAGAGUAUUGUAUGUGCCGUCGGUGUACGUUCAACAACAUUACGUCACUACGUCACUAAACCUGAACAGAGCUGGAUUGCCCAAGUUGGUGCCAUGUUUGACCUCUUAGAUGACACAGUGCCUGGAUUCACAUUUCCCAGGGUAGUCACAGAGCUGCAUGUACAUUUCUGGGAAUGUGGUAUUGAUUAUAGGCCAAUUCACCUUCCAGUAAGCUCAUUCAUCACCCUGUCCUCAUUUAGUAUAAGCAGUACAUUGGUGUAUGAGGCUAAGCAGUCUUUACUUAGGUUUAUAGUAGAUGAUGCCGCAUUGUUUCUCUCGGAUAAGUGCAAUGAAGGGGUUAUUGACCUCAAGAAAAAUUUUGUCUGUGUUAUGGAAAUGGGAUCAUUUGAACUCUCUUUAAAAAUGAAUGUUAACAAAGAAAAAAAUCCUCAAAUUGAAUUUUCUGCAUCCAAUAAUGUUUUCCAUAUAAGGACGUGUGCAGAUUCCUUCAGUGCAUUGAUUAAGUUGAUAUUGUAUCUAGCUAAUGAUGGUGAUUUGAUUUGCAGUGAGACAGUUGAUCUCCAGGCAUCGGAUAUAGGCGUAUCUGAGCCUACUAGUUUACAGAAGCCUGCCAGUAGUAACAGUCCAGUAUGUCAGGCCAACCAUUAUGAUCAGAUGCAUAAUAUGAUGGAGGAGGCUAUGAAGGAUGUGAAUGGAUCCAGUAUAAUGGAAUCAAUGACCAAAGGAGAGACCAAUAUUGCUACUACCAUGGAGGAUUCUUCAAUUGAAUUGUACUACUUCCCAGAUGAGAACAACUCCAUUAGGAGUGAUGAUUUUCCUAAUGAACACACUGAGAAUGGGAGCUUCCCAACUGGAGCAAUGGGAACAGGUGGUCGCAAAAGGAGUGAGGGGGAUGACUCUGAUUUAUUUGAUGAUGACGAGUUCUGCAUAUUAGAUGAACCUGGAACUGGAUUCAGGCCCCGGGACGAUGAACCAGAAGUGAAGGUCAGGACAGAGAAAGUAAUUAGGAUAAUUAAUGAUCAUUUUAAACGACCAUUGGAGAAAGCUGAUCAGUUGAAAAGUCCUGACAACUUUCCUCCUGCUCUCAAAAGGUUCACACUAAAGGAAAUGACGAUUGUUUGGCAGAUGUAUGGCGGGAAGGACUUCGGUUCCGCAAGAGCUCAACCAUUUGGAAGUUCUUCUUCAUUGAACGAUAAAAGCAGUCCUGUAUCUCAUGGUCGUAACUCCUUCUCAUCACCAUCCCCCUCACGGUCAAGCAGUCGAUGGCAAGCGCAAGGGGGAUGUGGAAGGGAUGAGGACAUUCUCAUGGAAUUGCAACUCAACAAGGUGCGCUUUCAACAUGAAGAGUAUGUUAGAAGCAAGGAUACAAAGCAGUGUUCCCGUCAAAUCUUACUAAUAAACGAUGUUGAAAUUCGAGACAGACUCGUCCAAUCACAAAUCAAUAAAUUCCUGUAUCAAUAUUCCUCCGAAUCGAGACCAAAGAGAACUCAUGCCAAUAUGGUCCUCAUUAAGGCAGUCCACCUGCAUCCAGAUCCAGAUCUAUCAGCUGAAGAGUGUUGCUUAAAGAUCUCGAUUCAACCAUUAAGACUCAACGUCGAUCAAGAUGCUUUGUUUUUCCUGCGUGAUUUCUUCACAGAGGUUUCCAGUGAUGUCAGCCGGAUGAACUUUCCUCAAGAUUCAGACACAAUAUCAAAUUCAACGAGUACAACUUCCAUUGGAGGGGAUGCGGCAUUACUCGAGACUGGGCUUCCUCCAUCGGAGGCUGGAAACCAUGGUACUUCAGAAUCUUUGUUUUCCUCCAGAACAUCCUGCAUAUCGUCUGCCUCAAGCCAGAAUAGUGACGUCAGCAACACCAGUUCCAGAGGAUCCAUUCCACCUAUAUACUUCAGAUCUUUGGAAUUUUCUCCCGCUGUUCCAAUCCGUUUAGAUUAUCAGGGCAAGAGAGUUACCAUGGAGCAGGGAACAUUUAUUGGGUUGUUGGUCGGUCUUGCCCAGUUGAAUUGCUCAGAACUGACAUUAAAGAGAAUCCACUAUCGUCAUGGACUGCUUGGUGUGGAUAAACUGCUCCUGCACCUCAUUAAUGAAUGGGCACAAGAUAUAAAGAAAUCACAACUACCUAGUAUCCUAGGUGGAGUUGGCCCCAUGCACUCUUUUGUCCAACUUGUUCAAGGAGUAGUAGAUCUGGUGCGAUUGCCCAUUGAACAAUACAAGAAAGAUGGACGCAUAAUGCGGGGCCUACAGCGUGGUGCUAACUCAUUUGGAACAAGUACAGCAAUGGCUGCAGUGGAACUUACAAACAAAUGUGUUCAAGCUUUGCAAAGUGUUGCCGAAAUGACAUAUGAUAUGGUAUCACCUGGGCCAAGUGUGGUGUCCCACAGGGCAAUAACGGCCGCAAAUGGCACCCAGUACCGAAUGGCCAAGCAACCUGCAGACCUCCGAGAAGGAAUGACAAAUGCCCUGAAUGUUGUCAGACAGGGCCUUGGAAACACUGCUACUACACUUGUACAAGUCGCUAAAGAGGAGCAUUCCCAUAAAGGGAUAUCUGGUGCCGUUGGGGGCAUGCUUCGUCAAGUACCCCCCACAAUGAUCAAGCCUUUAAUACUAGCGACUGAGGCAACCUCAAACGUACUGGGAGGGAUGAGGAACCAGAUGCAACCGGAUGCGCGGAAAGAAGAUGCAGAAAAAUGGAAAACACAAGCGACAAUCUAACAUGGAAACAAAUAUGCAGUUGUGUAUAUUUUAUGUAUGCAAUCUAUAUGUACAGUAUGUAUAUAAUGUGUAUAUAUGUAUGUGUGUGUAUAUAUAUAUAUAUAUAUAUACAUAUAUAUAUAUUAUAUGCAUGGUUUUACUGAGACACAUUGUACUGUAUAUUUAACCAUUUGGGAUGUGAAUAAAAAAUGUUUCUGCAUAUCCCUUUUGGGGUAGCAUGUGCAUGUAGGUAGAUGUUUUUAAUAAUUAAAUAAAUUAUUAACCAAAUUAAAGCUACAAUAUAUAAUCAAGAUAUAAUUAAUAUAUAUUUGAAAGAAGUUUUCAUUAGCUUUCUUCAGUAAAAUCUUUUCUUGAGUUUUUGGAUCGCAAGUUACAAUUUUUCAGUAAUCAUCUACAAUCGUUUUGUCCUCUGAGACUGCGUGUGAACAAAAUUGCGAGUAUUAAUUUUAUCAUCAAUAUUAUGCGUUUGUUUGGUUUUUAUUAUCAAUAAGUUUAAUAAUAUUACUAGUAAAGCAAAAUAAUCUACUUAAUAAUAGUUGGAUCUGGAAUUGUUUCCAAAUUACUAGACACACUGAAUCACAUAUUAAACGGAUUGGGUGGGAGUUCUUUUUUAAUUUUUUUUCCAAGAUUCUAGGAGAAUAAAAGAAAUUAAUCACUAAUCUGUAAUGAUUCAUGUAUUAAUUUAUAAUUGUAUUAAUGUUUAUUAUUUAUUCAAAGUGACUGUCACAUACUGAUAAUGACGUCACAUGCACAAUGCAUGCUAAUGGCAGCUCUUAAUCAAUCAAUUUACAAUUAAUGGACCUUUCCACUAAGCCCCGCUCCUUGGAUAUUGUUGCUAAGGUCCCACAAAAACGACAGUGCGUAAAAACAUACGCAAACGCGUGCGUUUGUAGGACAGCACAUGUUUUGAGACGCGCGCGUACUCCUAGCGCGGUUUUGAUUGGUCAGUUGUUAAGUUUGACUGACACUCCGGAAAGGUCUAUUGACUAUGUACUGACAAAAAUAAAAGGACAAUGUAAACAUUUUUUUUUUAACUUGCUUCUUGUUCCCUCAUUCAUUCUUUUUUUUUUUUGGCUGCCUCCAUAUUUUUACUUUCAUAAUUAUGCCAAAAUACCCAGUAAAUCCUGCAGGUAAGCAAAGAACCUUAUAAGCAAUUAGUAUCCAAGUGUAUAUUUUUACCGGCUAUAACUCGAGUUUGCCUAUCUUUAAACACUGUGAAAACGAUUAGGCGUUUUGCUGGGUGAAUACUGCCUUGAUAUUUAUUUGGCUUAAGGAGACGAACCAGCGCAUGUAGUGGAUUACACUGAGUGCAAUUACUUGAGGCCGUGUAAAUAAAUGAUAAGAUAUAUGAUGAAUUUUA